GAGCCGAGAGCGGAGCCGGAGCCGGUGCGGGGCCGGUCCCGCCAUGGAGGAGCCGGGCUGCGGGGCGCAGUUCCGCGCCGCCGUGCAGGUGAUCCAGGGGCUGCCGCGGAGCGGUGCGUACCGGCCCUCGUACGAGGAGAUGCUGCGCUUCUACAGCUACUACAAACAGGCGACGGCGGGGCGCUGCCAGGGCCCGCGGCCCGGCUUCUGGGACCCCAUCGGCCGCUACAAGUGGGACGCGUGGCACAGCCUGGGCGCGAUGUCCAAGGAGGAGGCGAUGGCCGCGUACGUAGCGGAGAUGAAGAAGGUGGCACAGAAGGUCAUUGACACCGUGCCCAUGGACGAGAGCACGCAGGAGAUGUUCCGCUACUUCGAGCCGCUCUACGAGGUCAUCCACGACCUGCCCCGGCCCCCCGAGUCCUUCUUCAGGAGCACAGCGGAGAGCCAGGGACAGCAGGAUGGCACCAGCCAGGAUGGCACAGAGAGCAGCCCAGCUCCAGAGAGCCCCAGGGACGCCCUGCCUGGGCAGCAGCAGCAGGGGCCAGGACCUGGGCUGGCUCCUGCCCCCGAGGGGACCCAGGUGACGAGUGACUCUGAUGGGGACACGUUCAGUGAAACCCUGGAGCAGAUGGAGCCUGAGAAGGCCAGGCAGGUGCGGGGGCUCACCCCAAAAACCCCCCAGGCUGGGCCUGAGCCCCUCAGUGCUGGGCAGGGCGAGCGGGGCGAAGGCAGAAGAGCCGAGGGGAGCAGCAGCACAGACCUGCCAGCCCUGGGCUCCGACACAGGCUGCCUGACCUUGGCAGUGAGCUUGUCCCCAGGCCAGGCUGGGCUGUCCCCAGGGCUGGCAGCGAGUCCCUGCCUGUGUCCUGCUCCCUGCCUGGAUUAUCCAGGGGUUUGCCGGCCUGAUCUGGGGCCUUUGCUGGGCCCAGGCAUGAGUUGCUCUGGCCCUGGGUGUCCAGCCCAGUGGUGGCACCUUCACCAGGUGUCACCAGGUGACCCACAGCACCCACCCCAUUGGUGGGCUGGCCACCCACUGCCACCACCAGGCAGUGUCACAGUGGUGCAUGGCCCUGGGGACAUCCUGUGGGUGGGCAGGUGCCCCGUGGGAGUCGCUGCCCAGCGGUGGGUGGCAGCGCGGGGCGGGCAGUGCCAGCCUGGCCUGGCAGCCGUGUGCCCGUGGCUGUGCCCGCAGAUGUGCGGCUGCCCGUGGGGAGCAGCCCCGAGCCGGGGCUGCCGGCGGAGCUGGAGGCGCACGUGGCCGGCGCGGUGCGGGCGCUGCAGGAGGAGCUGCGGCGGGUGCGGGAGCGGCUCAGCCGCCUGGAGACGCUCGGGGCUGCCCAGGGGGAGACAGACCCCAGCCCGGCACUCGCUCCACAGGCCGUGUCCCGGUGGCGCCUGCCCGUGUCCCCACGCACGCUGCUCUUCCUGGCCACCUGGCCCUUCGUCACCCAGUGGCUGCUGCGCCACUGGCAGGGCAGGAAGAGGUGACCCCCGACCACCGCCACCGCCAGCCCUCCUCGCCAUCCCGCUUCGCACGGAGCCACGCGGGAACCGCCUCAGCAGCCACCGGGACACCGGCACCGACACUGAGGGCCAGCACCGGCCCCCGCGCCGCCACCACGCACAGCCGGAGCCGGAGCAGCCCCGGGCCCGGCCCGGCCUCACCAGGGACAUCACCGAGCCUGCCUCAAUUAAAGUCGCAUUUUCGGUUCAGCCCCGCUGCCUGUGCCCGCCUGCCAGGGGAGGGGAGUGCGGCCAAACGCUCCGGCCCCAGCCACUGUCCCCAGCUGGUCACCCCCUGUCCCUGCUUGGUCACCCCCUGUCCCCCUGCCGGGUCCGUCUCCAGGCCCCAGCCUGCCCCCCCCCGGCCGGGUGCAAUGCCCACCCUGAGGGUGCCACCGGCCCCCGUUCGGGAGGCGGCGGUGGGGAAGCCCCAGGGCUCCCCGGGACCUCCGUGAGGGGGUGCCCGGUGCGGGGCUGGGCAGGGCGGGUUCCACCCGCGGGUUCCUCCCCCCGUGAGGCCGCGGCUGCCCCGGGGCCCUCCUGUGCUGCUCCCCCUCAGACAUGGAGCCCCCCCCGGCCCGGCCAUGGCUCCCCCCGCCGUGUGUCCCUCAGCGGGGCCCUCAAACCCUGCCAGCCCCCCCGAACAUGGGGCCCGAGGGGGACAUCGCCACCGUGGCUGGGGGUGGCAGGGCCGGGAACGGGAUCGGGACCGGGACCGGCACAAGGCCCGGGGCCUCCCCAUCCCCCUCCUUCGCCGUGCCCCUCCCCCCGCACCCCCCGGGCUUCGGGAGCGCGGCUCCGCACCGCCCCUGCGAAAAGGGACGCGGCGCCUUUAAGAGAGGACUUCUUUCCGCUUCGGUUUGUUUACAUCUCCCUCCGCCAACUGCAGCACCGCCGCACUCCACACGGCACCGGGAUCCUUCCGCUCGCCCCCUUCCCCCCCGGGCCUGCGCACCCCCGAAGCCCCUCCCGGGCCCCCUACAGCCCAGUCUGGCUUGGCUCGGCCCGGCCCGGCCCUGUACAACCCCCCCGGUCCCGGGGCCGCAGCAUGGUCGGCGGAACCUCCGCCGCGCAGGGACUCUUUUCGGACCGUGCCACAGCCCCGCCGCGGGGGGAACGCGCGCGCUGCCCUCGGCGCGGACCUGAAGGUCGCGGGGCGCGCGCGUCCCCGCGCACGGGGACUCCCCCGCCUCGUGGUACGGCCCGGUCCCGCCUUCUCCCCCUCGCGAUUGGUGGCGCCGCGCAGGAGUGACGGCCAUCCCAGCCAAUGGCGACCAGUCCCCGCAACGGCCAGGGGCGUGUCCCGGCGGGCCAGCCCGCCCCCCGCGCCCGCUGAUUGGCCGCGAGGCGGCACCGCCCGCGCGCUCGGGGCCGUGGCGGCGGCGCGGGUUG